AUGCCGAUUUCGAACGAUUGGCUAUUACUUACGUACCUUUUUUUAAAUACGGCUAAAACCCGCCUUUCCUUUUUAAAUGCAAAGCUAGCAACAACGCUAAAUUUGUUAAAGAAACGCUCGCGCGGGCCGAAAAGGCCAGCAAAGCGGCGGGCAUUAAAUUUUGCCGUUUUUCCCAUCGUAGCGAAAAGGACAACAAUAACCCCAAUUGGCUUUUAUAUCCGGAGCCGUUUUUUAAAUUGGUUAAAAACCAAAAGCCGGAAAAUAAUAUCGAAGUUUAACGCCGGCUUAUCGGCUAGCAAUCCGCGCAAAAAGAAUUAUAAGCACGGCAUUUAA